CCCGGCGCUCCGCAGUUCUGGUUUCUCUUGGCCCACUCCACCUUCGAGUUGUACCCCCACGGGGCUAGAGGGGCCGAGGAGCAUAUCCGCCCCAGCCCCCACGCACGCCGCCGCCGCCGCCGGGCUUUCUACCCUCUGAAUCUUUGGUUUCGCUGCCGGAAGUGGGGACGCUUCGGUCGGGUGCGCCGUCCCCCAGCACGUUCCCAUCCGCGCGCCCGCCGUCCGGGGCUCGUCGGCGCGCUCCGGUUUCUGUAUCUGGCUCGGGACGUUUCCGUUCGUAGUAGGGCCAGUCCAGGAGGGUUUUCUGCAGUUCUUCAUCUGACAGACAAUGGGACUCAAUAGAGAAUGAGAACCUUAUCUUCCUGUCAUCUGUGAGCCACUCUUUCCAGUACUCCCACCAUUUGCUGUCCUCAUGUCUACUUUACUCCUGAAUCUGGAUUUUUCCGAAUCUCCUCUCAAAAAGUCAUUAGAAGGAAAUGCCAAACAUAGAAGUUUUGUCAAGAGGCGAAGGUUCUUGGAACAGAGAGGCUUUCUCAAUAAAAAGAAUCAGCGUCCUAGUAAGGCGCCUAAGCCACACUCAGAACCUACAAAGAAGGAAACUCUCAGAGUCGAUGGCACUGGAAAGGUCAAGUCUCUCAGCAAAAAGAAGACAGCUGCCUCCUGUGGUAGGUUAGAGCAAUCCCUGGACAAGAAAGCUACAGUGUCUAGGCUGACCCCUGCCCCUUCAAAGAAGACUGAUUCUGUUGUGGGUAAAGUAGAUUUACUGGGGGAGUUCCAGAGUGCCCUUCCAAAGAUUAAGAGCCACCCAUGUCGCUCCCAGAAGAAGCUGCCACAGAAGAAGCCGCCGCAGAAGAAGCCACCUCAGAAGAAGCCGCCACAGAAGAAGCCCCCUGAAAAUAGCAGCAUACCAAAUUCCACCCAGGCCCACUCAGAGAGUACAUGCGCUGGAGCUUUGUGGAAACCAGGGAAGAUGGUGGCAGUUGACUGUGAGAUGGUGGGCACAGGCCCCAAGGGGCAUGUAAGUUCCUUGGCUCGGUGUAGUAUCGUCAGCUAUGAUGGAGACGUGCUUUAUGAUGAGUAUGUCCGUCCCCCCUGUCCCAUUGUGGACUACCGGACCAGAUGGAGUGGUAUCCGUAAGCAGCACAUGGUGAAGGCUACACCCUUCAAGACUGCUCGGAGCCAGAUCUUGAAGAUCCUCACAGGGAAGAUUGUAGUGGGACACGCCAUCCACAAUGACUUCAAAGCCCUGCAGUACUUUCACCCCAAGCAUCUUACCAGAGACACCUCCCAAAUCCCCCUCCUCAACCGCAAGGCUGGUUUCCUGGAGAAUGUCACUAUGUCUCUCAAGAAUCUCACCAAGAAACUGCUGAGCCGGGAUAUCCAGGCCGGAAAAAGUGGACACUCCUCUGUGGAAGAUGCCCAGGCCACCAUGGAGCUAUACAAGUUGGUCGAAGUUGAGUGGGAACAGCACCUGGCCCAGAAUUCCCUGAAAAACUAGCAACCGUGGGACAGCAGGAGCAGCAUGCAGAACAGGCAACAGCCCUGUACACGACCGAGCACACCUGGGGAGGCUGGAAUUGUUGGGGAGAGAGGUUCCACCCCUCACUCAAUAGCCAUUGCAAUUUCACCUUGCUCUUGUGUUUCAUAUCUGGUUAAGUGUGCUAUAGAAGGGGAAUUCUUUGUUUUGAACCCUGCUCUGGACUGUUUACCUCAUCAGUGGUGCUAACCACAGAUUCCUGGUUGCUUUGUGCUGUCCAGACAGUGGGACAUACUGGGAAAUGUAGUUUCCCACCUGUCUUACCACUAGCAGAGCCCUUUGCCUCUUAGGGUGGAACAGUGCAUUGCCCAAUCUGGCCUUGGCUACCUGGGCUCAACCAUCUUUUUUCCUCACCCUCCAGAGUAGCUAGGACUAUAGGUGCACGUCACCAUACCCACUAGGUCUCAUUAAGACCCUUUCACUUUCAAAAGUGUUUUGGGGCUAGGUAUGGCUCAAGGGUAGAAGUACCGCCCUAGCAUAUAUAAGGCCUUGGGUUUGCUCCCCAGAAAUCCUCCUCCCCCGCAGUAUCCAGGUUGGACUCUGAAUUGUAUGAUCCUGUUCCAUGUCACAGACCUUGUCUUUGGCACACCUGGCCUGCCAGGAUGUCACGUGCUGGCUUGCAGAGGAGCCAUCUAGAGGGCAGUUUAGUUUCUAGGGUUGCAAAGCAGUGAGAUAAGAGUAUAGCUUGGAAAUCAAGUUUUCUGAUAUAGAAAAGCUCAUCUAGAAUAAUAGAGGAUUUAUUUAGUUUCUGCUUGGUGGAUUAAAAAAUUUACAUUGUUUUAAUUUUUUAAAAUCAUCUUUUACCUUGCUAAAUGAAGUCUUUUAAAAACUUAUGAUUGUUUUGAUAAAUUUUUAUAGUGGAAAACAA